ACAGACAGCUCCAGACGCCUGAUCGGAAAGCAUUAGCGUUUCCCCAAUUCGACGCGUCGCAAGGGCCACUACAAGUCAGAGCUAAGCAUACAAACCAAGGCACAAGACUUGCUUGCUUGUGUUGCGUUCCAUCGAUCGACCGGUUGGUUGGUCAUGGAGUGGAGGGACAGCUUCCUGGACCUGGUGCUGAUCCCGCUCAGCCUCCUCCUCCCCAUGGCGUACCACGUCUGGCUCUGGCGCGAGGUCCGCCUCCGCCCGCUAUGCACCGCCGUCGGCAUCAACUCCGCCACCCGCCGCCUCUGGGCCAUCGGCAUGAUGAAGGACAACGCGAAGAACGCGGUGACGGUGGUGCAGUCGGUGCGGAACGUGAUCAUGGGGUCGACGCUGAUGGCGACGACGGCGAUCCUCUUCUGCACGGGCAUCGCGGCGGUGCUGAGCAGCACCUACACCAUCAAGAAGCCGCUCAGCGACACCGUCUUCGGCGCGCACGGCGAGUACAUGAUGGCGCUCAAGUACGUCGCGCUGCUGCUCCUCUUCCUCUUCGCCUUCCUCUGCCACUCCCUCGCCAUCUGCCUCCUCAACCAGGCCAGCUUCCUCAUCAACACCUCCACCUCCCUCUUCGCCGCCGACGCCGAGUCCGGAUCCGGCAGCCUCGGCCUGCCGUCCACCAGGGACUACAUCGGCGAGAUCCUGGAGCGCGGGUUCACCCUCAACCUCGUCGGCAACCGGCUGUUCUACGCCGGGGUGCCCCUCCUCCUCUGGAUCUUCGGCCCGCUCCUGGCCUUCUUGUCCUCCAUGGUCAUGAUCCCGAUACUCUACAACCUCGACGUCGUGAACCUCAAAGGAGACAGCGACUGCGUCAAUGGGAAAUCUGCAGGGAUGAACGAGAGCGAGUGCAUGCAUGUCUGAAUCUGAUCAAACAAGCAACUGAAGAAAGCUGAAGCUGCUCUGGGCAAAUCGAUCGCAAGUGGUUUCAUAUUUUUCUCGAUCGCCACACGCCAUGCUUAAUUGCGUGUGAUCGAAAAAUGUAUCAAUAUAAGAUUCAGUGAUUACUGCCACAUUGGUGUAGUUGCAAAUGUAUCAAGCUAUCUUAGCUGAUGUACUAGGAAAAUCUUCCGUCGCAUGGAUGACAUGGAACCCAUGCAGUUGCUGCUAGUUUCUCUGUGAGUGCUGGCUCUUGACAAGUUGACAAUGUGUGUCUGCGACUGCGUGUUCCACUACAA